GCUUGCUGCCCUCUCUACUCUCCACUCUCCUGCGGCCCUGCCUCCUGCCUCUCUCUCUCACACCGCGCGGCCGUCUCUGUCCGGCUACCUCUCUCUCUCUCCCUCGCCUCCCGCGUCCGUCUGUCGAAUCUCUCUCUCGCUCUCUCGUUGCAAGCGGCAAGCCGUUGUGUCUCUCUCUCGUCGGCCGUCGUGUCUGGUGGCUUAACUUCACCGUCGUCUCCCUCGCUUUCUCGUUGCAAGCGGCAAGCCAUCGUAUCUCUCUCUCGUCUCCCGUUGUCUCCCGUCUUUUCAGGUCAUCUUCCAACUUAAAACCCAGAACAAAACCUCAGCAACCCACAUUUGUAGAGGUGAGUACUACAAUAGCAAAAAGUGGCCACAACAAAGCAAAGAUGAGCAACAGGCAAGGCCCACCCAAGCACCAAAACAGUUUUGCUUGGAAACCAAACGCCGGCGUCAAGAUCAACGAAACGGAAGUUGGGGGAAAGCUCAGGCCGUACUCCGAGAUUACGGGGGUGUGCCCCCGUUGUAAAGAACAGAUCGACUGGAAACGCCGUUAUGGAAAGUACAAGCGCCUUACUGAGCCAGCCAAAUGUCAGCGAUGUUCGAAACGCGUCGUUCGUCAGGCGUACCAUAAUCUCUGUACCGGUUGUGCUAAGGAGCAGGGUGUAUGCGCCAAGUGUUGUUCCCGUGUGGAUCGUAUAGUCGGAAGAGAUUCUUCGGAAGUAGAGGCUGAGCAAAAGUUGCUUGAGGAGGCAGUUAAGAAUGCUCGAGAAAGGGACCGAAGGUCUCUGCUACGUGCAAUGAACAAAGGUAAAUCUAAAAGUUCGGAGAAAACACCAACCGACAAAGAAGACAAGGUUGGGGAGUUAUUUCCCGCUGCAUCACUUGAGGAAUAUGCUAAGCAAAGCAGGAAUGAUAAUGGUGAUGACGACGAUGAUGAUGAGGACCUAAUUUUGAGUCGAGGGAUAUGAACAGUGUGUCAAAAAGAAUAUUUAAAUGAAAUAGUAAAAGUAAUAAAUUUACUAGCUAAAACAUUUUUGCUAUUUACUUUCACUAUUUUAUUUAAAUAUUAUUUUUUCAAAUAUUUGGAGGUAGAACGUGGCAAUAAAGAUUGUGACAGAUUAGUUUUAAGGCAUUCAUAGGCUAAUAUUUUAUUAAUCAGGUUCUGCAGAUGAUAUGGUAUUCAUCUGAAUUUUUGCGGGGAUAAGCUUAAAAAAAUUCGUUCA